CACCCGGACUUACUCCGGUUGAUGUCAUUAAACAAAAACAUCCCUUAAUUACAGGAAUUGAAAAGGUAUCCAAAAAGUUACAUAAACGUUGGCCUUAUAUUCAACAACCCUGGCCUGAGUAUUGUACGUUUAAUCCAACAGUCAUUGAAACAGUUCAAGUUUUAGUGACUGCUUAUAAAGCCGAACAGAAACAAGGUAGGCGCGGACAAAAAUGUAAAGACAAACGUUCUGUAGAACUUGGUAUUUUGACGCUUUUUUAUGAUGAGGGCCAGAAACGUCUACGAGYUUAUAAGGGUGACAAUGAUUUCCAAGUUACACAGACACAGUCACCAGGAAACGACAAGUCCAACACACCACCUCCAGAAAAACUGAAGACAGAGCCGGAUGAACCUUUCUCUCACACUGCUCCAACUGCUUGUCCUCCACCGUAUCUAUGUGAGAACAUCUACCCACAACUCCCAGUGAUUAAUCAGGAAGGAUCUAAUCAUGUUCAAGAUGAUGAACAACGGGUUCUGGAGACGGGACAAGCCAGAACCACCAUCACAAUGUAUCCAGCCACGAAGUGCAGAACCAGUGAUGCARCUCUGAGGAAAAAGAUAACAGAUGGUUCCCAGAGAAUCACUUCUGACAGAAUCAACACUCAUAGUGAAUCGGAUGACACACUGGGAGGCUACACCCAGUGUUUUAAACAUAUCYUGCAGAAAGCUGAGUUAAAGGGCAAAAGACARMCAAAGCAGAUCAUCUUAGACAGCGACUCCAGCAAGGCAGAUUCUGAAGACAGMUGUGAGUACUCUGACGGUCAACAAGACUCAGGCGCAGGCAUUCUAGCAUCGCCUAAACCGCCGGACAUCGAACAAGUGCUAGAAGAGCUAAGGGCGAUUAAGCAUGACUGCCGUGCUGAGUUGAAACAAGCUACCAGCAAAGUCAACCUGCGGUUGCUGACAGAACAAUUGUAGCAGCUGAAGAUAAAAGAAAAAGAAUUAAAACGAAAAAUAGUUCAACGCAGCCUUCCUGGAAGAUACAACCUCAGAAGGAGAGACGUUAAGAAGAUGGCCCCAGUCCUAGUCCGUGGACAGAAUCUCGAAUAUAAACCUUGGCAGAACACGGACAUGUCAGACAUAAUCGAAAAACUGCCAGUACUCCAGGAUAGUGCACAGCCAUGGAUCUCGAAGCUGGAAGAAGCAUUUACUGGUACUCAGCUCGCAAUUGGGGACAUUAAACGUCUUCUGGCAAACCUUCUUGGGGUACCGGCCAUGGAGGAGCUUUUACAGAAGGCUGGACUCCAAAGACGGGUGGGAACAACGGUGUAUGACGCAGAACUUUUUGCAGCAUACAGAGGACAGUUGUGGAGGGCUUUGAGAGCAACAUUUCCAGCUAAUGUUCAUCCAGAUAAUAUAAUCAUCUCACCGA